AUGUCCUCGACGGAGAGCUCGGGCCGCACCGCGGACAAGUCGCCGCGCCAGCAGGUGGACCGCCUGCUCUUGGGGCUGCGCUGGCAGCGGCUGGAGGAGCCACUGGGCUUCAUCAAAGUUCUCCAGUGGCUCUUUGCUAUUUUCGCCUUCGGGUCUUGCGGCUCCUACAGCGGGGAGACAGGAGCAGUGGUUCGCUGCAACAACGAAGCCAAGGACGUGAGCGCCAUCCUUGUUUCAUUCGGCUAUCCCUUCAGGUUGAACCGGGUCCAGUAUGAGAUGCCCCUCUGUGACGAGGACUCCACCUCCAAGACCUUGCACCUCAUGGGGGAUUUCUCUGCCCCUGCUGAGUUCUUUGUCACCCUGGGCAUCUUUUCCUUCUUCUACGCCAUGGCUGCACUUGUUCUCUACCUGCGCUUCCACAAAUUCUACACGGAAAACAAGCGCUUCCCACUGGUGGACUUCUGCGUGACUGUCUCUUUCACCUUCUUCUGGCUGGUUGCUGCAGCUGCCUGGGGCAAGGGCCUGACCGACGUCAAGGGGGCCACCAGGCCAUCCAGCCUGACCGCAGCUAUGUCUGUGUGCCAUGGAGAAGAAGCUGUGUGCAGUGCUGGGGCCACACCCUCCAUGGGCCUGGCCAACAUCUCUGUGCUCUUUGGCUUUAUCAACUUCUUCCUGUGGGCUGGGAACUGUUGGUUUGUGUUCAAGGAGACCCCAUGGCAUGGGCAGAGCCAGGACCAGGGCCAGGGCCCCAGCCAGGAGAGCGAAGCUGAACAGGGAGCAGUGGAGAAGCAGUAA